AACAAAAUGAAAUAAUUGAAAGUACAAGCCUUAAGUAUUGUUAAAAUUUAUGAUGACAAUGAUGCAAACAAUUAAAAUAAUGUUAAAAAUCGAGUACAUUGAAAUGGUAAUUUGUUGUAAAACCGACAAUGGAAUAAGCAGUAACAGUUUUGUAUUAAAUUUCAAUGCGUUUUAAGGUUGGAGUAUUGUUUCAAUGGUAGGGGAGCUGAGGAGUGCCUCCAACCAAUGAGAUAACUCCAAAUACCAAUACUAACGAAGCUUCCGAACAUUACCGAUUCUUCAGUUUCAAAAACUACAUGAUGGUGUGUGUGUCUGGUAGAAGUUGUGAAAACGUUUUUAAUAUAUCAGCUGACAAAAUGUUUGUUGGCAAAGAAUUAAUCCGCCCAAUUCCUAAUUUGAAUACUUUAACAAAUACGAGACAAAAAACGAGGGUUUUCGUGGUGCGACAAAUUUAAUUAGCUAACGGGAUGUACAGUAAUGAAUAAGUUAUUUUGAUGACCAUAUAUUUUGUUUUCAAAAGGUAGUGAAGAUGUUAUUAUUUUGCUCCAUAUUUAAUACGCCUCACUAAACUCAAACCUCACGAGCCGCCACUGAUCUUCACCGCCUGAUGAAAAUUAAACAAAUUCACAACAUAUAAAUCUCUGCCUUGUAUGAACAAGAUAAAUAAAACUUUGUAAAUGUGUAUUUAGUCAAUUUCAUUAUAAUGAAAUAUCGGUGAUUAAAACUAAAUAUCAACUUAUGACAAACAGCUGAUUAGAUCUGUCCAAUUUGACAGUUCGGGGAGGUUAUAUGUUUUGUUAUGGAUAUUGAACCGCAAAUUAAGUAAAAAAUGGACAACCACACAUCAGAAAUCAGCAGUUUGGAUGAAAGCACAUCACCACUAAACAACGAAUCGCCGUACAAGAAUGUGGACGACACGGACGUCGACACCAGAUCCGAAUUGAAAUUCGAUCAAGACGUGCAAACGCCCGAAGAAACGGAUAAGAAAAAGAGAAUUGAAUCGGCUUUGAGUUCGGGGGCUUCCACAUUGAAAACCUGGAAGGACUUUGCACUUGUUCGACAUGGUUUAGUUUCAGACGAUUUGCGGCGUAAAGUGUGGCCUCUGUUGCUGGAAGUGGAUCCAGAAUCUAAUGAGAACACCCCAUCACUUCAGGAUUUGUCCAAUCAUCCUGAGUAUGACCAAGUUGUAGUUGAUGUAAACAGAUCUCUUAGGAGGUUUCCUCCUGGCAUUCCAUAUGAGCAAAGAGUUGCAUUACAGGAUCAGUUAACAGUGUUAAUUUUAAGAGUUAUAAUUAAGUAUCCACAUUUAAGAUACUAUCAGGGUUAUCAUGAUGUUGCAGUUACAUUUUUGUUAGUGGUAGGUGAAGCUGUUGCAUUUAGGAUAAUGGAAAAACUUAGCACUCAUCACUUAAGGGAGUGUAUGGAACCCACAAUGGAAAAGACAGAUUAUAGGUUGAACUACAUCUACUCCCUUCUAAAGGAAGCUGACAAAGACCUUCACGAUUUUAUGGAUAGGGCUGAAGUGGGCACAAUGUUUGCUUUACCUUGGUAUCUUACAUGGUUUGGCCAUUCCCUCAACCAAUACAGAGACGUCGUCCGACUGUACGACUACUUCCUAGCCUCGCCCCCCUUAAUGCCCUUAUAUGUAGCCACAGCAUUGGUAAUACACCGGAGGCAGGAAGUAUUCGACGCGGGCUGCGACAUGGCCAGCGUACACGUCGUCCUCUCCCAAAUACCAGACAACUUGGACUUCGAAGAGAUAUUGGUGCAAGCGUCCAAGUAUUACAAAAACUACCCUCCAGACACGUUGGAGGGAUACGUGAAAAAGAGAAUACACGAACAAACGCUAAGGCGAAGAAGAGACCAGGAAGAGAUGCGCAGGCGGCAGAACAGAAACAAGAGUCUGUGGGUCAGACUGAACAAACAGAUCGGCCCUUGGCUUUUGGUCACGAGGGGCAAAUACGGGCUGUUAUUCGCGGCCGCCACUGUUAUUAUCGGAUUCUAUGCUUAUUACUUGAAAUACACAGAAUCCAGCCGACUGCCCAUAAUCAGUUAUUUUAAAACAUGACAAUUACUGAUACCUGGGUCUAUAAAUGAGAUGAUGCAUAGUCGAUUUUAUUCGAUAUUCUAAUUUAUUUUUCAUUUUGUGUUUGUCUUGAUAAUAUGUGUAAAUAAGAGAAACAUGUAGCUACUAUAUUGUUAUUCCAAUAGAUGAGGCCAAAUAUUUAUCGGAAUUUACACAUAUUAUAUUCUUGUGAUUUAUUAUUUAUGCUAUGAAAUAUUUUAAUUGCCAAAAUUAGCUUUAAGUACGAUUCGUAAUUUUUAAACUGAUAUUUCUAUGAAUGUGAGGUACUCAAAACGGUAUUAAAUUGGGGUGUAUUUUAUUUAAACUGUUUAGAGUUGACUUUUGUAUUAACUUAAAACCAAAAGAUUUCUUGUGUGAUAUUUAUUUAUUAAAAUUGCAUUUAUAUAUUUGUUGUUUAGUAGGUAUAGGUUUUUUUAUAUUGCUUUAUUGCAUGAUCUAUCUACCAUUAAGUAAUAUUUGAAAAUUAGAUUGUCACGUUAAUUUUUGUAACACUGUAUAAACGCAAAAUGUACAUAAGCACCAGUGCAGACCUGUAUUUAUUGUAAAAUUGUUUAUAGAAAAUAAAUAUCUUAUCUAAA